AUGGGGAAACAGAAAGGAGAAGCAGCAAGAAGCAAGGCUCGUCCCUCCAGCAGCAGUCUUGCUGCUUCGCUGUUGCCGUCAGGUACAGCAGGUGUUGGAUUCGGAGGCUAUGUUGGCAGUUCACGAAUUGAUUCUUCUCUCCCAAACGAAGACACCGUUACUUUUUUGGAUAUAGAUGGUGAAGUUGCACAACACUUGAAGAGGCUUUCAAGGAAGGAUCCCACCACCAAGUGCUGUUGGGCUCUCACUCUUGACCUGUGGAGCCAACAGGUUGGAUGGGCCUUCCACAAUGUCUGGCACCUUGUGACAGCCAGGAUGUUGCUCCCAACCCUACCUCUUCCCCAAGAUUUGCUUAAAGCUUUGAGCUCUUUGUCUCAACUGCUCAAGCAAAAAUCUGCAAAGGAAAUAGCACCAAUCAUUCCACAAUGGCGUCCUAGGUGUUUGACUUCUUCAGGGGAUUGUGCCUUUGAUUCUGUUGGGUGGAGGCAUAAUGCAAGCCCAUCCCACAACACACAUUUUCUGAUUGAAAUGAAUUUUUUUCUCUUCCCGGGAAUUCCAGCGGACAUGAUAGUGGUUCAGCAAAUGGAUUGUUCAUUGAGGUGUUGUUCUUCUACUUCUCUGCUGCUCAUUCUUAUAUGCAUAUUGUGUGCACAUUUACCUGUGAAUGAAACUGUGAUCUCCUUCCAUCACCUUGGCGCUACUUCUUUGAAGCCUUGCUGUUGGGCUCUCACUCCUGAGCUGUGGAACCAACAGGUUGGAUGGGCCUUCCACAAUGUCUGGCACCUUGUGACAGCCAGGAUGUUGCUCCCAACCCUACCUCUUCCCCAAGAUUUGCUUAAAGCUUUGAGCUCUUUGUCUCAACUGCUCAAGCAAAAAUCUGCAAAGGAAAUAGCACCAAUCAUUCCACAAUGGGCAUUUGAAUACAAGAAGCUGUUGCUGGAUUACAACCGAGAGGUUCGAAGAACUACACAUGACACCAUGACUGAUCUUGUCAGCGUUGUUCGAAGAGACUUAGCACCACAUUUGAAGUCUUUGAUGGGACCGUGGUGGUUUUCUCAGUUUGAUUCAGUUUAUGAAGUUUCCCAAGCUGCAAAACGAUCAUUUCAGGUAGCCUUUCCAGCACCGGAUAAGAGACUUGAGGCCUUAAUUUUAUGUGUCAAUGAGAUUUUCAUGUAUUUGGACGAAAACUUAAAGCUCACGCCGCAGAGCAUGUUAGAUAAAGCGGCUGCGUUGGAUGAAUUAGAAGAGAUGCAUCGGCAGGUGAUUUCUUCAUCACUACUGGCAUUAGCCACCCUUCUUGAUAUUUUGGUGUCCCUGCAAUCUGAAAGGCCAGGUUAUGAAAACGUAACAGCUGAACCAAAACAUGCUCCAAAAGCUAAGGCAGUGGCUAUUUCUUAUGCAGAAAAGUUGUUUUCCACCCAUAAAUAUUUUCUGGAUUUUCUGAAGUCUAAAAGCUCUGCUAUCCGGUCAGCUGCAUAUUCGGUGCUUAGGAGCAUUAUUAAAAACAUUCCUCAUGCUUUUAAAGAAGGGAAUAUGAAAACUCUUGCCCCUGCAAUACUUGGUGCUUUCCAAGAAAAGGAUCCAACUUGCCAUUCGUCAAUGUGGGAUACAUUUUUACUAUUUUCCAAAACAUUUCCAGACAGUUGGACGAUCUUGAAUGUUCAGAAAACCCUGCUACACCGUUUCUGGCAUUUUCUUAAGAAUGGGUGCUUUGGAUCCCAACAAGUUUCUUAUCCAGCUCUGGUUCUAUUCUUAGAUGCUGUGCCCCCUAAAGCAAUAGUAAGAGAGAAGUUCUUCCUUGAAUUUUUCCAGAACCUGUGGGCAGGAAGAAACUCGUCCUAUUCCUUAAAUGCAGAUCGACUAGCAUUUUUCCUUGCUCUGAAUGAGUGUUUCCUUUGGGUACUAAAAAAUACUUCAAGAUAUGGUGAUGAAGUAGAUUCCAUGUAUAAUUUCCAACGUACUUUUAUUGAUGAGAUUCUUAUAAAGCGCUUGUGGAACGAGUACCUGCUGUUUGUGAGCUCAAAAAAUCAGACCAGAGUCUUCCCUGGGUGUUCCCCGGAUCUAUCCGAGGGAAGCUCUCAACCUUUGCACAAGGAAACAAUGGAAGCACUCGAUCACAAGAAUGCAAUGGGUUACAUGCAAGAUUUGGGGAAAUGCAUUGUUGAAAUACUUUCGGGCAUUCAUUCUGUGGAACAUAAUUUGCUCUUGGUUUUCUGUUCAUCAUUUCAAGAGAACUGCCUUGAUAUAUUUCAGCGAAUGGAGAGUACAGAAAAACUUAAUGAGAAUGUAGAACGGUUCAUCAAAUUUUUGUUUUUAUUGGAUCAACAUGCGGUGCAAAAAGGUGAAACAUGGCCCUUGGUUGAUUUAGUGGGACCAGCGUUGGCGAAGUCUUUCCCAUUGAUUAAAACCCUUGACUCACCAGAUUCUGUGAGAUUUAUAGUGGCUGCAGUCUCCAUAUUUGGACCACGCAAGAUAAUUGGAGAAUUCAUUUGCAAGGAGUUCAAAAUUGAGCAUUUUAUUGAAUGUUUUAAGGAAAUAUUUAUCCCUUGGUGCUUGCAAAAGAAUAGCUCCUCCAACGGUGCUCGAGUGGAACUCUUGCUUGCAUUAAUUUGUGAUGAAUCCUUUUCAGAACAGUGGGACAGUGUCAUUGCACAUGCAGUGAAGGUAGACGAUGUUGUAGCUGGUGCUAGGACUCUGGAGCCCGACUGCAUAUCUGUGUUGGCAAUGCUCAUUGAGAAAGCAAGAGAGGAAAUUCGAAAGAGGAAGGUAGACAUGGAUUUAGAUCAUCGGCAAGGAUCCCAUUCAGAGCACUGGCAUCAUGAGCUUCUAGAUUCGGCUGCUGCUUCUGUUGCCCGUUCUUUUCCGCCAUUUGAGAUUUCUGAUGCUAAUUUUUUGCGUCUUGUUCUUGGUGGCGCAAUGGAGGGUGAUCAAACUUCUUUUGUGACAAGAAGUACAUCAAUCCUGAUAUUUGAAGAGGUGUUCAGAAAGUUGCUCACAUUCGUGAUGGAUUCUACUUUCUCUUGGGUCAGGAGUGCUGGUUCUUUAUUAAUUGCUGAAGGAAUUGAUUCUAAGCUGCAAUAUGAAUCUUCUAUCAACGUGCUCGGAAUGGCCCAUUUUGCGCUGGAAGUACUUAGUGGUAGCUUCUUUUGCAUCAAGUCUUUUGGCAACGAAAUUGGGUUGGUUCCAGGUCUUUUAGCCACAAUUUGGGUGAUUGACUGGGAAUGUAGCAUGGCAUCAGUUUCCAAUGAUGAGCUUGAUGGUGAAUCUUCAGAAAAAACCAAGGCCAGGCUGGGUUGUUGUGAAUCUGUUCAUACUUUUCGAUGCAAGAUAGGUAAUCAAUUCUUUAAGAGCCUCAGCACAGAUAUUAGGCAUAGAUUGGGAAAUGUUUUGAUUCAGUCUAUCAAGUCUGCCAUAUUCAAGGAAGAAAAAGUAGACAUAGAUAAAAUGAUAUCUUUGUGCUGUUCUUGGAUGCUUGAAGUUCUUGAAUGUCUUUGUCAAGACCAAUUUGAAGAACAAAUUUUGUUAGACCAGUUUCUGAACAAGAGUGAUUUGUGGCCUUUGUGGAUUAUACCCGAUGUCAGUAAUGGAAAAAGAUCAGCUACCUUAAAAACUGAAAAUCUCUCUCUUAAGAUGGGGCUGCAAGCCUGCGAGGAUCAUCACUCAUCCUCUGUCAAUUAUGAUGGACUUGCAGUUUAG